CACUGCUCUCGCGAGAGCUCGCGAGUGUCUCCCGUCCCGGUGGCUCGCACGCCGUCGUAUGGUGCGCCCGCGUCCGGCACUGAGAGCAGCUGACACGAGAGACGUUUCGCGCGUUUGGAGACAUCGGGACGACAGUAAUCACCGGCCGUCGAACGUCCGCACGGAGAAAAAAAUUAUGAAGUGGCACAUCUUGCUUGCGGCGUUCGCUGCGCUGUGCGUAGCUGUGUACGCAGAGGAGGAGGAAGAGGCUGCUAGAUUAUUAGUGUCCAAACAGAUACUCAAUAAAUACCUGGUAGAAAAUAUGGACAUAGUUAUUAAGUACACUAUUUACAACACCGGCAACGUGGCAGCAUUGGAGGUCGAGAUCACAGACAAUUCGUUCCAUCCGGAUCACUUCACUCACGUGAGCGGCGAGUUAAACGCUAGGAUCGAUCGCGUGCCACCGUACACCAACGUGAGCCACACCGUGGUUGUGAGGCCGCGUAAGUUUGGAUAUUUCAACUUCACUUCGGCCGAGGUUCUCUAUCGCCGCAAGGAAGAUGCUCCCCGGCUACAGGUGGCUGUGAGUAGCGAGCCUGGCGAGGGGCUCAUCGUGGCAUACAGGGAUUACGACAAACAGUUUUCAUCUCACGUGAUCGAUUGGGCCGCGUUCGCCGUGAUGACUCUACCUUCCCUGCUCAUUCCAUUCGCCUUGUGGUACUCGAGUAAAAGUAAAUACGAGAAAUUGCUGAAGAACACAAAAAAACACUGAUUGUAUGUUAGAGUCGUUUCCAGGAAUUUCUAGGUCACUUUAUAAAUUUUCCUAUAUCAUUGUAAGAAACACGACUGUUCUACUACUUACAUCUACUUUUGUAAUAAACGUGACACUAUUUAUGAACA